AUGAGCUUCGAUAAACUAAUGCUGAAUCGACCAAAUUAUACUGCAAGAAAAUUAUUAAAACCCUUCUUUGCAUCAUCCAGACCUCAGAAUUUUGUACCCACUCCUACUAUGAAUAAAACUGAAAAUAAGGAUAGACCAUUAAAUUUAAUAGAAACUUAAAGAAAGACUUUUCAUUAAAAAAAUGAUUCCAAUAAAUCUUAAUCUAUAAGCAUCAAAAAAUAAAGGGUUCAGGAUGCCUAUAACACAUUAUCAGAUUUUAAUGAUAAAAAAUAAAUCAUUGCAUCUCUAAAGACUCUGAACUCUGCCGAUGAGAGAAUACAAUUAAUCGACAAAAUAUUAGAGAGAAAAGAUGAAAUGAUGAUAGCACAAUUAAAAUUAAAGGCUGUCAAAUUAGAACCCAUCUUCAAUGUAAUCAGAAGGAAGUUGCGAAAAUAACGUCUAGGAAGUGCUACGCCCAAUUAAUCAAAGAAAGGAACCCUCAUUCUGCGGUAGAAAACUUCAGAAGACCUACCUCAAACUAUGCCGGAUCAAACCAGAGAUAGCAAGGACAAAUAGGACCACAGUCUCAACCAAUAAGAAACCACCAAUGAAGAUUAGAUCAUUGAAAAAUUAUAGACCAAAUUCACUGCAGGAGUAGCAUUCUCAUGGCUUGCAAAUAGACAUGACAACAAAUAAGAUCCUGAUCCCACUGAACGGCAAUACUUGAGGAGAUCAACUGCCUUGCAACACGGAAAAAACACCAUGAACAGGCUUAAACAAUAGGUUUCAAAAAAAGUAAGUGAAAACUCUGAAGAACUAAUUAGAAGAGGUAAUUUUAAUCCAGAACAGAAAAAGGAGAAAUUUGAUCUUAGUAGAAUCAAGGCCAAAGUCGAUUCGGGAUUAAAUAAACCUUAGCUGUCUUCGUUACCUAAGAUUAACAUUAUAAAACGGUAAGAAACUCUAGGAUAUGUAACAUCUGACAGAAAGGAAAUUUCUGCACUUGGAGAAAUCUAAACAUUAAGAAGUGACAAUAAAUUAAGAUUCUAAAAACUCUGA